AUGUCUGCCGCCGCUUCCUCAGCAACCCCCCGUCCGCCACGUCGCCCCUCCGGCUCCCCACCGCUCCACGGCCCGCGGAGCCCACGGCUGGCCCGCGCCGGGCCCGACCGCGCCCGCAGCCCCCGCCAAGCCCUGGCGACCGAGCCGCCGCCGCGCCGGCACGCCUCGCCCCGCCGCCUGGUCUCCCGCGCUGCCGCCCGGUCCGGCCUCCGCCGCACCGCCCGCGCCGGGCCAGACCGCGUCCGCGCCCCGCCGCCGCGACCUCGCGCGCCGCCUGGCCGACCCCGCCGGACCCCGCGCCGUCCGCCUCUGCGCUCCGCCGCCAGCACGGCCCCUCGCCGCGCCUCCGCCGCCGUCGCCGGGUCCGGACGGGUGGGAUGA